AUGUUCCAAGGAACUUUUCCACAGCUUAUUGCAGUACUAACAGCUACUUUGGGAGCUAUUUCUGAUGGGAUGAAUUAUGGCUGGAGUGCUCCAGGAAUCCAGGUCCUUAAAAGAAAGGACUCUCCAAUUGAUUUGAAAGAAAACGACUAUAUAUGGUUGGAAUCCAUCUACCUGAUUGGUGGACUUGCAGGGUUACCGAUCACAAUUUUCGCUGUAGACAAAAUUGGGAGGAAAGGUUCCAUACUAGUAUCGGCUAUCAUUUCUUUGAUAGGUUGGGUGCUGAUAGGAUUCGCGAAUAGAGUUGAAUAUCUGUACGUUGCCAGAUUCAUGGUAGGGUUAUCUGGGGAUGUGGCUUUCGUAUCAGCUCCUAUGUACAUAGCUGAGAUAGCCGAUAAAAAAAUUAGGGGUUUUCUCGCUGGGAUAAUUUAUGUCAUGCUGUUGAUUGGAAUUCUGAUAAUAUAUGCUGUAACUCCAUUCGUGCCGUUUUAUGUACCGUCUAUCAUAGGUGGUGUCCUGGUUUCAAUUCAGCUGGUUAUUUUUCCUUUCAUGCCGGAUUCGCCUUACUACUUGAUUUCCAAGGAUAAUCCUGAAGAGGCGAAACUUCAUCUGCAGAGACUGCGUGGUACAGCUGAUGUCGAUACUGAACUUUCGGAAAUAAGUGUCGCCGUCAAAAGGCAACAAGCUGAAAAGGGGAGACCUCAGGAUCUAGUUUUGUCGAAGAGCAAUAGAAAAGCAGUCCUGAUUAUGUUUGUGCUGAAUGGAGCACAGCAUUUCAGCAGCAUAAGCGUAAUGUUGAUGAAUUUACAUGAAAUUCUGUCGGCUGCUGAUUCGGUUUAUAUGAGCUCGGAAGUGGCUGGCAUUCUGUUUGCAGCGAUGAUGUUGAUAUCGGCAACUAUUGCCGACUUUGUCGUUGACAAAUUUGGUCGUAAAGCUCUACUCACGUGUUCAAGCUUACUAACAGGCUUGUCUUUGUUAGUGUUGGCAGUAUUUUUCAGCAUGAAAAGUAACGGGAUGAAUGUCGACAGUAUAUCUUGGAUUCCUCUAGCAUCUGUCAUGGUAUAUGCCGCGGUAUUCAAAUUCGGUCUGGGAAUUAUACCCAUAAUUAUGACGGCGGAGCUGUUUUCCGCGAAAGUGAAAGCCAUGGGGAUGACAAUUUCCGACUUCUUUUAUGUCCUGUUCGCCUGGAUUUCAGUUGAAAUUUAUCAAAGGUUGUCGGUGCACGUAGGCUACGAUAUACCGUUUUAUUUUUUUUCUGCUUGCACUCUUUUGACUGCCGUCUUCGUACAAAUUUACAUUCCCGAGACUAAAGGAAAGACACUCGAAGAAAUCCAGUUCAUUUUGAAGGGAGUUCCUUUUCCGAUCAGGAGCAACAGUAUCAGAUCGCAUAAACUGCCUUGUGAAUCCGUUGAUGAAGGUGACAAGCCCAAACAGGAUAUUAGUUAAUGAUAAAGUCAUCACUUGAGAAUAUGCUGUGAGAAUCGUGACAAAUUUGAAACCAGGACUUGCAAUGAAAAUAGACCUCUUGAGAUACCAGAAAUGGUAAUCGUAAAUCCGAAAAACGUAUCACAACUGUCUAUCAGAGAAAGUCUAUUUUCAAUGGGGCCUGUUCAACUCCCUUUCUGAUGAGAUUGAAAAUUGACCGGCUUUGACUCGGUGUAAAAGCCUUAAGCAGGGUCCACACUAUGCCGCGGUAGGCCGGGCGGGUACGUUCGGGUCGGCACAACGUCCACACGACGCGCCACUCCCUGUUCUUUUCGUUUCAGCUUCUUUCUUUUUUUCCCUCCAAAAAUGGCUGGUUAAAUUUUUCCAUUUGCGCUAAAUUUCAUUUUUAUCCACUCCAAAAGACACAGCAGUCUCUGUGAGACUGUCGUGUCUUUGGUUUUUUAAUUUACGUUGGGAAUCUGAACUAUCCCAUAGAAGACGACGUUCUCUAUAUAAGUCUGUUAACACUAAAACUUGUUCGUCAUUCCACUCCAUCACUUGAAAUGAACAAUAAAAAACCCUACUUAAACAAACUGAGUCGAAAAUAAAAUAUUUCGUCUAGUUCGGUCGGAGGUUUAGUUGUAACUGAAGCCGCUCGGGGCCGCUCGGCACGUCCCCACUCUAUAUUUUUGUUCGACUCGGCUCGGCUUCCUUUGAUCUGUACCUACUUUAUGCGGGUUGGGAUCGGCACAGCCCGGGCCGGCAUUUUCUAACCCGGCAAAGCCGCCCGGCCUACCGCGGCAUAGUGUGGACCCUGCUUUAGACAAGAGAAGGGAGAGGACUCGUAAUGUGUUCCGUUCAGGCAGAGGUUACGCCACUGGUUUGACCAGAGGCGUAACAUUAUGUUGGAAAUAAGCAGCGAGAAACAGUAAAUUAAAUUUAUCAAAUGUGAAGUUUUUAUUCGACUCUAAUGUAUGUUUUUGACUGUAUUUUUUUAAAUUUCCAGAUAAAUUACAUAAUUUAUAAUAAACUUGUUACAAAAUAAUAAAAUAUAAUGAGUAGAAAUUAAAACUAAACUCAUCAAUUCAUAAUUUUAACUGAAUAAACUAAUUUAGUAAUCCAAUCAUUUUUCUGAAGGAUGGUGGGUUUGGUAACAGGAUCGAUUUCUUCUUACAAAAACAAUUGUUUUUGCCGACGUUUCGAAUUCAAUUAAAUUAUUCUUCAGGGCUCGAAAAGUAGUUUCUU